AAAAAAUAUCUUAUACUCCAUCUCUCUUUGUCCUUCUAAAGCCACAUCAAAUUUCCCCAAAGAUCGAAAUCAAAUUUAUUAGGGUUUCUUUCAACCUCAUCUCAUCUCUCCUGAAAAUUCCCUUUGAACCCUUAAUUCGCACCAAUAUAUUGACCUACAACAAGGGAAAUUCAGCUUCUAUUAUUUUCAUUUUUCACCUUAAUUAAUCAUUUUCCUCUUUAAUUAAAAUUCAAUUUCCAGCUAAUUUCCUUAUAAUUGCUUUCAUACAUUUCCAAAAUCCCGAUUUGUUCUAAUCUUAGCUGCCUAAAAUUCAGACACCCACCUUUCUUUUCUUUUCAUUUUCUCAUACCCUUUUUUAAUUUUCCGGCGCUUAAUUAAGUUCAGGUGAACUCAACAAGCAAGAAGAAAAGGGUGUUUGUGUUGCAUGUCUGAAGAACACAUUAAGUCAUUGAACCUAAGACAAGAGAAACAGAGUGAAUUCGAGGGAGUUAUUGUGAUAAAGAUCAAGUCUUUUGCUCUGUUCAAUUCCAAUUUCAGUAUUUGUUGUUGGGUUAAUUGAUUGGGAGGGAUAGAGAUUAGAGAAUAGGGAGAAUUCAUGGCCGGCUGGUCGAUUUUCGAUCACGGGUCUGAGGGGAAUUGCACUGACAAUAGUGAGAGCAAUGAGCUAAUUGAUGUGGGUUUGUUAUCUAAGAGUGAUGAUGAUGUGAAAUGGGAUGAUUGUGAUGACAAUUUGCGUGGUUUGUUUGAUCAAGUUCUAAUGGUUUUGUUAAGGGGUGUGUAUGCCAAGAAUGGGAGUAGGCCGAUUCCGGCAUUGUUAGGGGACGGUCGAACUGUGGACUUGUUCAAGUUGUUCUGUUUGGUGAGAGAGAGGGGUGGUUAUCAUUCAGUUUCUGAAGAAAAGUUGUGGGGGUUGGUUGCUGAAAAGUUUGGGUUUGAAUGUACAAUGUGUGCAUCCCUUAAGAUGAUCUAUUACAAGUAUUUGGAUGAAUUGGACCAAUGGUUGAAUAGAAUUACUAGAGAUAGGGUUUCAGCAAAUGGAAGUUAUGAAUGUGGAGGGAGUUUGGGUUUAUUAUCGUUAGAAUUAGAGAAAAGGUUAAGGAACUUCUCAACAGACGAGAAAGCAUUUAGAAUGGAAGAGGGUAUUGGAUAUGAUAAGCUUUGCAAUAAUGUUAGCCUUGCCACCAAGGAGACUUUGCAUUUGCCAGAUACUGAAGAGACAACUGAAGUGCAUAAUGUUGUCGUUAAAUUCGCUGUUGAUAAUGGGGAAAGAUUAUGUAAUAUUAAGGAGUUUGCUGCAAAAGAAACAGAAAUUGCCAUUGAUGAAGAUAUUACUUCUCGUAAGAGGAAACGUGACAUGUUUGGAGAAACGCUGAGCUGGAUGAUAGAACUUGCCAAGAACCCUUGUCAUGCGUCUAUAGGAGUUCUACCAGGAAGCUCGAGAUGGAAGGAAAGUAGUCACAAGGACUUUUGGUCAAUAGCACUUUUGGUCCGAGAAGCAAGACUGCAAAAAAAGUUUACUGAUACAAAUGAUCAACAAUCUCGUUUCCUUCAGAAACAUAAGAUACAUCCCUCCAUGUAUGAAGACGAUAUUUCCUUUGAUCAUCUAUCUGCUGAAGCAGUCAGAUGCAGCAAAAGGCUUUCGUCUUUGGAAAUUACUCCUCUUUGUCAAUGUUGCAAGUCAUCAACUUCAGUUGACAAAUGUAAGUUAAAAAAUCCUCCCGACCCCCCAACGGAGAAUGGGUUGCAGCACAAGCAAGACCUUGAAAAUGCUGACAUUUCAGACACAAAAGGAGUAGCCGUAACCGUAGCCGUAGCCGUCUCAACUGUUGAUUACCCUGUUGAGAAGCAUGUCUUAGUAGGUCCACGGUUUCAAGCCGAGGUUCCUAUUUGGACUGGUGUCAUUUCUGAAAGUGAUUCUAAAUGGCUAGGCACUAAAACCUGGUCUCCUGAACUGCAACAACUGAAUUCCAUUAAACUUUUGGGGAAGGGAAGAAGGUCAGAGUCAUGCAACUGCCUCCUUCCAGGCUCAGUAGAAUGCAACAGAUUUCACAUUGCAGAAAACAAGAUGAAAUUAAGGCGUGAACUGGGUUUAUCUUUCUACCAUUGGAAGUUCAAUCGAAUGGGUGAGGAGGUUUCUCUUUCUUGGUCAGUUGGAGAAGAAAAGAGAUUUAAGCAUAUAAUCAGAUUGAACAAUACAUUCUUGGGGAAAUCAUUUUUCCCUAGGAAGACAAGAAUGGAGUUAGUUAGCUACUAUUAUAAUGUCUUUCUCAUAAACCGUAGAAGUUAUCAGAAUCGGGUGACUCCGAAAGAUAUCGACAGUGAUGAUGACGAAAAAGAGUUUGGGUCCGUUAGUGAAGCAUUUGGGUACAGGGCAGUGAAGGUUCGAGGAUCAGAGCCCUUAAAGUGUUUCCAGAAUGAGCAGGUUAUUGAUUUCGAUUAGUCUUCUUCAAAAUGAGCAUAAUAGUAUAUGCAUAAUGCAUAAUGCAUAAUGCAUAAUGCAUAAUGCAUAAUGCAUAAUGCAUAAUGCAUGUGGGUUCUUCAAAUGUUGCAGAGGACAUGGAUUUGGAGAUAGAAAAGAAGAAGAGUAUGGUAACAGAAGAUAGACCCAUAUUUUCCAGUGUAGCUAGCAUGGUCAGUUUGUAAAGCUAUUUUUACUGACCACAAAGCUUAUCAGUUUUGAAAAAAAUUCGCUUUUUUUUUUUUUUUUUUUUUUUGUAGUUUUUAGUUGAAUAGAUGAUACAGAAGAAGACUAGAAGCUAGUCUAAGAAUUUACAGUACAUCAUUUUGAAUUUCAGCGGUACAUAUCCUAUUUCAUGGGAACCGCUAGGUUAAUGAACUUGCACAAUUUUCUUUCUU